AUGAAGCUCACUUUCAAAGAUUUGAAGCAGCAAAAAUUCGUCAUCGAUGCAGAACCUUCGGAAACGGUCGGACAAGUGAAGGAAAAGAUCUCCAAGGAAAAAGGAUGGGAGGUAUCUCAACUGAAGCUCAUCUACUCUGGCAAAAUUCUCCAAGAUGAUAAGACAAUCGAAACAUACAACAUUGAAGAGAAGGGAUUUAUAGUGUGCAUGGUAUCAAAGCCCAAGGCUACCUCCGCUGCCGCUACUCCUUCACAAGCCCCUUCGACGCCGUCGAGAGCUGUUGCUUCGACACCGGCUGCUCCUCCCGCCCCGGCCCCGUCUGCUGCCACUUCUACCCCCGCUGUACCUGCGACGCCCUCGCCUGCGGCCCCAGCCCAGCCAUCCGCGGAUACCCCAGUUGCGUUCAAUGAUCCAUCCGCAUUGCUUAGUGGUGCUCAGAGCGAGGCGGUCGUUGCUCAAAUGGAAAGCAUGGGUUUUCCUCGAAGUGAUAUCAAUCGCGCCAUGAGGGCGGCUUUCUUCAACCCCGAUCGCGCUAUCGAGUAUCUGCUGAACGGAAUUCCGGAAACCAUUCACCAAGAGCAGCAGCAGCAGCAGCAGCAGCAACAGGCUGGUGCUGGCGCUGCCGCCUCGCCUCCUGCUCCCUCGGCUCCUUCGGGAGAGAGCGUUCCAUCCUCUACCGGUGGCGAUGAGCCAGUCAAUUUAUUCGAAGCCGCUGCACAGGCUGGUACAGGAGAGGGUGCUGGUCGUGGCGCUCGUGCAGGUGUUGAAGGAGCUGGAGAGGCACUUCCCAAUCUCGAAUUCUUGCGGAACAAUCCCCACUUCCAGCAGCUCCGCCAGUUGGUCCAGCAGCAGCCGCAGAUGUUGGAACCCAUUCUUCAGCAAGUCGCCGCCGGCAAUCCUCAGAUUGCCCAGCUGAUUGGACAAAACGAGGAGCAGUUCCUCCAGCUCCUGAGCGAGGAGGAUGAUGGUGCGCUCCCUCCAGGCACCCACGCAAUUAGUGUGACAGAAGAGGAGAGAGAUGCCAUCGAACGUCUUUGCCGGCUUGGUUUCUCUCGAGACUUGGUCAUCCAGGCCUACUUUGCGUGUGACAAGAACGAAGAGCUUGCGGCCAAUUACUUGUUUGAGAACCCCGACGAUCCUGAUGACCUGUGA